AUGCCAUCAGCCCACCACCCAUAAGUACCCCCCCUCGUACUCCUGCAUCUUCAUUUCAGACCCCGCCAGAAACAACUCCAGUCCCUACUUUACCUAUUUCAAAACCUUUACUUUCUUCGAUUCAACAAUGGCAGCACGUCGACUGUUUACAUGGGGUGGCAUUGGUGCUCUUGGUGUCGGCACUUACUACUUGUAUAAUGCCGGGGGAAGCCCGACCAUUGCCGAGAAAAAGUUUGAGGAGGAUGCCGCACGUGCUUCCGCCAAAUUCAAGAGCGAGCUGCCGGGGCGGGGGAAGGAAGCAAAGAAGUAUGGAGAGUUGACCAAGGAGCAGAUAGAGCAAAACUACAACCAGGCAGUUGACAGCGCGAAAGCCACAGCCAAUAAAGUCGACGCGAAACUUGACGCAUACCGCCAGGAUGCUACGAGGAAAUUCGAAGAGGCGAGGAAGGAGACCGGCAAGGAGUUGAACAGUGCUGUAGACAAGUUCGAUAAGACAGUGACGGAGAAGGCGGGCCAGUCCAAGAGCUGGCUCGGAAGCUGGUUUGGAUCGAAGUAGGUGACACCGAGGUUGGUCGGUUCUUCGGGAUGAUGCAUCUUCCAUCGUGGCAUUGAGCCUCAUGAAGUUAGUAUUUUUGCAUCUGUAUGAAGUAUGAAAUCAGUUCACUGUUAUCCAUUGCCCCUCAUGGAUACUGUUUUUUCGGCCCUAAGGUAUUUUUCGAGCUCGAACCUCGCCUCCAAGUAGGUGUACCUGCCGACUAGUUACUGGUCUUAAGUAGGAAUCCCUUGGAUUGUUUUCCCAAAGAUUCUCAAAAGUUUG